CCCGUCACCCUCUCAUAGCUACUGACUCGUGUUGAUGGGACCACAGAUUUGGGCUUUCCGUUCGCGUCGAAUUCUUUCCCCAGAUCGUACCGUGAGACCUGGGGUAACAGCGGGUGGCCCGAUGAUGCCAUCCCAGUCCACUCUGUCGCCAACGCCUGCCGCCGAGGAACGACACGCGCGAUAUCCCUUGAGCGUUCGCAAACACUAUAUAAGUAGCGUUGCGCAGAACAGCGAUAUGAACUCAGCAGGUUCGAUCGCUAAUUGACUGUUGCCGACUACACCCAAAUCCGACGUUUACUAUCUUGUUAAUAUGCAGGUCACCGAUGGCAAAGACGGCGUCUUCACGAAGAUGUCACGAUGUUUCAAUGGUCGACUCACAUACUCUGUUGGAAUCAUCGCUCUUAGCCAAAUCAAUUUUGGUCUUGAUCAAGGCGUGUUUAAUAAUACACAGGCAAUGACACCAUUUGCUCGUAGGUUUGGGGUAUUCAAUGCAAAAAUUCAAACCUAUGAGCUCGAAACAUAUUAUCUAUCCCUCUUGAGCAGUCUCACUUAUAUCGGCUUCACAUUUGGUCUUGUCAUGGGCAAUAUCCUCAGCGCGAAGAUCGGACGGAAGAAAUGCUUCAUGGUGAUGUGCUUCUGGGCCAUCCUAGGCGCGAUCAUCUGCAUAACUACGACAACAAACAAAUGGCAGAUGGUAGUCGGACGUAUCGUAUCAUACGUAUACAUCGGUAUGGAACUGGCUCUUGUGCCUGUAACGCAGUCCGAGUUAGUCCCAGCACCAGUACGAGGCGCCACCGUCGGUACAUAUCAGUCUGCACUACUUAUCGGUCAGCUCAUUGCGUCACUGAUAUGCCGAGGUACCGGCAAUAUCGACGACGAUAGAUCCUGGCGCAUACCUCUUGGCAUACUAUUCAUCAUCCCGACCAUCAUGUUGUGCGCCGUGUGGUACAUACCUGAAAGUCCGCGCUGGCUGCUCCAAAAGGAUCGGCCUGAAGAAGCUAUAGCAAACUUGCGCCUAUUGCGCCAGGGCAAGUUCACCGAGGAAGAAAUUCAACAGGAAUAUCGCGAAUUCCAGGGCACAUUAAAUGCGACGGCCAAGAGGGGAAGAUUCAUUGAGCUGUUCCAGGGAACUAAUCUAAAGCGCACACUCAUCGUCUUAGGGGUGAACAUAUUCCUGCAGCUGACUGGGCAGAACUUCGUUUCAGUCUACGGCGCCAUCUUUAUCAAGAGCUUAGGUGUCAUCAAUCCUUUCACCAUGACCUCCAUCAAUACUGCUGUGAGCAUCGUAUUCGUCUUUAUAUGUCAGCUCGCAACAGACAAGACUGGUCGAGUACCACUGAUGUUUGUUGGUGCAAUCAUCCAAUGUGGUGGCCUCAUGACGAUGGGCGGUCUCGGAACGGUCGCCAGUCCUUCCUACUCAAUCAAAGCUACUAUCGUAAGCAUGGUGACCGUCUUUGGGGUUGGCUUCCAACUCGGCUGGGCUCCUCUUUCGCAUGUCGUGGCCGCGGAGAUUCCAACUCAGCGUCUCCGCGAUACAACUUAUGCACUUGGCUCCGUCUUCAACAUUGCAAUUCAAUUCGCUGUUUCUUUUUCCAUACCUUACCUACUCAACGAGCCGUAUGCAGCGCUAGGAAGCAAGGUUGGAUUCAUAUUUGGCGCGACCGCAGCGGGUGCUGUGCUGUUCACGUGGUUCUGCAUUCCUGAAUGCAGUGGGAAAACGCUUGAGGAGAUCGAUGAGUUGUUUCUUGAGGGCGUAUCAGUCAGGAAGUUCCGGAAAACCAGAGCGACUGUACCGACAGCCCAGUAUAAGGGUGAUGGAAAGAAGGGUGACAUGAAGAUCGAAUCAGUUGAGGUGUAGAG